GGGACCAUGGAGACCCAGAGGCCUAGCCUCUCCCUGGGACAGUGGUCACUGUGGCUACUGCUGCUGGGACUAGUGCUGCCCUCAGCCAGGGCCCAGGCCCUCAGCUACAGGGAGGCCGUGCUUCGUGCUGUGGGUCAGCUUAAUGAGCGGUCCUCAGAAGCUAAUCUCUACCGCCUCCUGGAGCUAGACCCACCUUCCAAGGACGUGGAGGACCACAGUGCUCGAAAGCCUGUGAGCUUCAGGGUGAAGGAGACCGUGUGCCCCAGGACGAGCCAGCAGCCCCCGGAGCAGUGUGACUUCAAGGAGAAUGGGCUGGUGAAGCAGUGUGUGGGGACAAUUACCCUGGACCAGUCCAAUGACCAGUUUGACCUAAACUGUAAUGAGCUUCAGAGUGUCAGGAGAUUUCGCCGGACCCGACGUUUGUCACGGCCAAUUAUAAGGCCAUUGCCAUUACCACGGCCAGGGCAAAGGCCAAUUAUAAGGCCAUUGCCUUUUCGGCCACGGCCACGGCCACGGCCAUGGCCAAGGCCAGUUCCAGUGCUAUUGUGAUAAUCAUUGGGGAGGCCAAAGUCAAGGUUAGCACCACGGCCAAGACCAAUGCUGAGUUCACGUCCAUUCCCCCUGACAACUCGCAUUCCAAGGUUUCCUGGAAAAGACUGAAGGAUUGGUCGACAUCACACCCAUUCAAGAAUUUUAAUGAAUCCUG